AUGACUUGGUCUUUAGUUGGAAUAACACUCUCAGUGCUUCUGAAUAACUUUUUUUCAUAUUCAUUUGAUGUCAGGAAAACCCUUUUCCUUAAAAAGUCCUUGACUCAUUUUCGCAAAGUUAUAAGUUUGUUGUCAAUUUUUGUAGCGGCAGGACACUUGGUGAGUAGCAGAGGAUUGUAUGGGGUUUCAUUGAAUAAGAAAUUGUAUCGAAAAUUUGCAUUGACAAGUGUUGCUUUAGUAUCAAUUAAAAGUUUCGUAUUACAGCUUAUGUUGAAAGUGACACGGUAG